GACUGGAUUGGACGGCCGGGGGUUCCGCCCACAAACACACAAGGUGGAGUUGAAAAGAAACAACAUGCUGGGCCAAAAUGAAGCUGUCAAACAGCUUCUUAGUAUUUGCUAUAAGAGGAAUCGAGCAAUGUGAAAAUGCAUGGAGGCUGCUUUGAGGACUCUUUGGACAGUUCUGUCUGAAGUGCGAAUCUGACUUUAAUAAGAUUCCAUUAUAGCCUUACUUAAUUUUUUUUAAUGUAUAUUUGUAUGUUAAUUGUAUUAAGUUAUGGAUGAGAUACACUGGUUGCACUUAAAAAAGACAACCAUUAUCAAAACUUUGACUUUCAUGAAACUGAUAAAAUAUUCGUGGUGCAAACUUCGGCCGGAGAUCAGACAUGGUCGGCCUGCAGGAGUCAAAAAUAAUCGCCCUCGGUUGGGUUCAGAAACAACGGUGCGAGGUCGGAAAAAAUGGAUGUCUCCGCGUAGCGAAAUGGUUGGAUGGAGAGAGAGGAGCUGCUGCGCGUUGAGUGGAGGGAGACGGCGAGUGAGAUGGAGGCGGGGGGGAAGGACCAUCUCUGCGGGGACUGGAGCCCAGGACCGACGGCGCAGUGCUGGCUAUCGUUCAACCCUCCCCUUCUUCCUCCACAACGACACCGAGGCUCAAGCCGAGAGACAGAUACAAGACAGUACAUCCACAAAUGAAUGGAGAAAUGGAGGCAACCACCCAAGACAAAGUGUGGGCACAGGAAGACCUCUUAAAACUGCUGGAGGCCAUGAAAGUGGCCCUGCCCCAGAAAGACCUGACUAAAUACAAAACAUCCGAGUCCCACCUCGACUGGCAGAAGGUGGCCUUUAAUUCCUACACAGCUGAGAUGUGUAAGCAGAAGUGGCAGGAGGUUUCUAAAGAGAUUCGUAAAUUUCGGACUCUAACAGAACUGAUAUUUGAUGCCCAAGACUACAUCAAGAACCCGUACAAGGGGAAAAAAAUCAAGAAACACCCAGAUUUCCCCAAGAAGCCCUUGACUCCAUACUUCCGCUUCUUCAUGGAAAAGAGGGCCAAAUACGCAAAGUUGCACCCCGAAAUGAGCAACCUAGACUUAACUAAAAUCCUUUCCAAGAAGUACAGGGAGCUACCUGACAAAAAGAAGAAAAAGUACGUUGACGACUUCUUGAGAGACAAAGAAGCGUUUGUGCACAGCAUGAUGAAGUUCAGAGAACAACACCCAGACCUUAUGGAGAGCAUGACCAAGAAAGGUUCCAAUGUACCAGAGAAGCCCAAGACCCCCCAACAGCUGUGGUACAACCAUGAAAAGAAGGCCUUCCUCAAGACACACCCAGACGCGACCACCAAAGACAUUAAAGACAGUCUUGGCAAACAGUGGACGCAGCUGUCUGACAAGAAGAGACUCAAAUGGAUCGCCAAGUCCCUGGAACAGCAGAAACUGUAUGCGGGGACGAUGAAGGAGUACAUCCAGCAGCACCCAGAGUUAAACAUGACCCAAGAGGAUAUUGUCAAGUCCACCCUGACCAAGGCUGAGAGGCACCUGAAAGACAAAUCUGACGGCCGACCCGACAAACCUCCUCCAAAUGGUUACUCGAUGUUCUGCGCGGAGUUGAUGUCGAGCAUGAAGGAUGUACCCAGCACAGAGCGUAUGGUGAUGUGCAGCCAGCGGUGGAAGCUGCUCAAACAGAACGAGAAAGAUGGCUACCAGAAACGCUGUGAGCAGAGGAAGAAAGAGUAUGAAAUUGAAAUGAACAGAUUUCUCAGUAGUUUGUCAGAGGAGGAGCAAACCCGGGUUCUGUCUGAGGAGAAGAUAGGUUUUAAGAAAGGUGGAGCCAGCAGUCCUGCUGCCAAAAAGAAGGCCUCUAAAGCAAAGACCAAUCCAGAGAAACCCAAAAGGCCAAUUUCAGCCAUGUUCAUCUUCUCUGAGGAGAAGCGUCAGAAACUGCAGCAGGAGCGGUCGGACCUUUCUGACAGUGAGCUCACAAGACUCCUGGCUCGCAUGUGGAAUGAGCUGCCAGAUAAGAAGAAGGAGAAGUACAAAAGGCUGGAAACAGUCCUUAAGGCAGAGUCUGAGAAGAAGGAGAAGGAGGAUCGCAGUCGUCUGCCGGAUCCACCCAAAACUGCACAGGACAUCUGGCAGCAGAGUGUCAUAGGAGACUACCUGGCCCGAUUCAAGAGUGAUCGGCCAAAGGCACAAAAAGCAAUGGAAGCAACCUGGAGCACCAUGGAGAAGAAAGAGAAAAUAAUGUGGAUCAAAAAGGCAGCAGAGGACCAGAAAAGAUAUGAGAGAGACCUGUGUGAGAUGCGUUCACCUGCCGCUGCCAUCGCCUCAGGGAAGAAGAUGAAGUUUGAGGGUGAACCCAAAAAACCACCAUCAAAUGGUUAUCAGAAGUUCUCUCAGGAGAUGCUGUCCAACGGAGAGCUGAACCACCUCCCGAUGAAAGAGCGGAUGACUGAGAUCGGCAGCCGCUGGCAGAGGUUACCGCUGAAGGAGAAGGACCGCUACAAGAAGAUCGCUGAGGAGAAGCAGCGACAGUACAAAGUCCAACUGGAACAGUGGCUCGCUAGCUUGUCCUCGCAAGAGAGAAACACUUACAAAGAAUAUAAUUCACAAAAAAGGAGAUCUACAGCAAAACCAGGAGGCCCAAAGGCAAAGGCCAAGAAAUCUGACACGGAGGAGGAGGACGAAGAUGAGGACGAGGAUGAAGAUGACGAUGAGCGGGAGAAGGCUUCCUCUGAUGCCGACACAUCCAGUGAGGAUGAGGACGACGACGACGAUGAUGAUGAUAAGGAGGAGGAUGAUGAAGAUGACGAUGAUGAUGACGACGACGACGACGACGAUGACGACGAUGAGGCGGAAGACAAGGAGAACAAGUCUGAGGACAGCAGCAGCGAUUCAAAUUCACAGGCGUCGUCGGACUCUGAUUCGGACUGAGACGGGCCGCGUCUCUGUGAGACAAACUGAGCAGCGCUGAGCUGAGCCAAGAGUCAAGGGAGCUCUGCCACUGUGCCAACCCUGCUCUCCUCCCACCACCAGAGGGAGCCCCUGCAUUGCCUCAUUCACUUCACACUCACCCACUUUAUGUUGCUGCAACAGUGAUCUGCUCAUGGAGGCACCCUGUCCAAAAUCAGUUUCAUUCCCUCCCCGGUGUGACGGUCAUCUCACAGCACGGGCCGCUGACGUUAUGCCAAAAACAGCAUCCCACUGGUUUGGUGAUGUUUGUGAACAUUACUGCCGCUGGUUUCAAUCUUGACUUAACAGGUUCAGUGGUUUAAGGUUAGAGUUUUAAUGUUGAGGGUAAUUGAUUACCUUCUCAGUGUUUAUUUUAUUUUUCCUGAUAAUUAGUUGAAGGUGGCAUGAACAGGCUUCAUAGAGCCAAAGAACAUAGUAUGGCGGAUCACUUUAGGGAGCGAGAGGGGGGAGGGGGGCUGUGCAGGGUACUGAAAAAUUGCACUCUUCAGAAUGUUUCCUUUAAUUUUUUUUUCCCAGUACAUCGUCGCGUUUGUUCUCUAUUCUCAAUUUAUGAUGUAGAUUUUAUCAUUUGGUUCUUAAAGAGGUGGUAUUUUUUCAGGAAAAAAAUCAAGCCAUUAUGAAUGUCUUUGUUGCUGGAAAAUUUCAGUACUUACUAACACAUGCUCUCAUUUAAAAAGGCAGCAGUGCCUGUAUAAGGUGUUCACCCCCCAAUGGGCUUUUUAAAAAUUGUUUUACAAUGUCGUAGCAAAGUGGAUGCUUUAAUUCUCAUUAGUGGGUAAUUACUCGUCAUACUGCAAUAUGUAUUUAUUAUAAAGUGCAGCAGAUCUCAUCUAAUGAUUAAGACGGCAACAAUCCAAGAAGAUUUCCCCCUAAUGUCACAGGAAAAACAAAUCUCCACAGGUGUAUCUAAAUGAAGUGCAGAUUAAAAAAAAAAAAGAUUAUUUAAGCAUUCACCCUCAUAAAUACUUAGUAGAAGCAUCUUUGGCAGCAAUUAUCGCCUUGAGUGUUUGUGGAUCGAUCGUUGCAUUUUCCCCCUUUUCUCCAUUUCUUUUUUGCAAAACUGCCUAACCAUGGCCCUAUUCUUUACAUUUUUUAUUUUUUAUUGUUUGACCAUACUGUAAUCUGAAGGCUAUUCUGUGCCUUGAAAAUUCUCUGUUUAUUUGGAUUUAUUCUGAAUGUUCCUUCAUCUUCACGUUUGUAUUUUUUUUAGUAUUUUUAUUAAAUUAGAAAACAAGCUUUUGGUGCUUCCAGAUACAGGUGUACACACAAGGGAUCUCCUUUUAUUCUAAAAACACUUCUCUGCAUCAAUCGAUAUUUUUGUGAUUAAUGAUUUUAGUUCUAUAGAAGGAUUUAAUAUAGAGAAAAAAAGCCUGAUUGCAUCCAGUCUGCUUCAGAGAUGUAAAACUUAACAAAAAGGUCCAAGGAUGGUGAACAGUUUGUUUAGGCGCUGUGGGAUUCAUUGCUGUGUGUCUGUCAUUGAAAGGUGUCAUUUAUCAAAUUUAACUGACGUGUUGUACACAUGAAUCCAUCAGUCUGAAACAAUUCUGUGUGACUCAGUUAAUUCUGGCCUGACAGAAAUAAACAGUGUUUGUGUGACCAGAGCAGUUUGUUAUGAAGGGAUAACACUUGUUUUCCACAUGUAGAGCUCAAUCUGACUCUGUUUUUAAAGAAUACGUCACACAGUUGGUGUAUGUUUCUUCUCGGAGCUGUUGUUUACGGUUUAUUUGAAUUGUUAAUAGUUUUGUUUUAAUUGUAAGCAGUUGUGUUCUGAUCCAUCUGGAAUCAUUUUGUGGAUGUCGAACUGAAUGGUUUUCAUUAAAAAAAAAAAGUCUGUUUUGAAUUUUUUAAUGGUAUGGACUGUAAUCCGCAGGACUUUCAGUCUGAUGCUUAAUCCCAAAAAAGUGUGCACUUAAUGUAAAUCUGUCCCUCUGUGUGAGUUUGUGUGCAUGCAUGCACAGAACUGUGUAUAUAUGAGGGUGUGAGUGUGUGUUUCUUUGCUUUAAUGUGUGCUGUUUUUACCGUUUUGUUGCAUACCAUUAUUUGACUGCAGCGUGCAUGUUUGUGCCUGUGUGGGGAUGUCAUACCAACACCAUGAAUGUAGAUAUUGUUAAAUCUUUUAAAUUUUUUUUCUUCCAAAGGUCGUCAGUACUUUUCCUGCUCGGCGCUGUUGUCAUUGGUUACCUGAAAACAGACUAAUGACUGUCGUUUUGGGUCCACAGACAAAUGAGUACAUGGCAACUUAAUAUUCUGUUAGGAAUGGACUGAUUUUGACCAUUAUAAAUCUCAUCACUGUCUGAAACAAAAACCAGCGUGGACUAUUUAAAUAAUUUGGGGAGGGAAAGGAAAUGUGUUUGCUGAUAUUGAACAACGGGAGUUUGUAAAAGGGAUUCGGGAAACUGAGUUGCCAGAGGAAUUGGGGUAAAAAACUGUUGUAAUUUUCCCUGUAAAUACUGUUUUUGUAUCGAGUGCUUAUCGUUUUGUUAGUGCUUUAAUUUGGCAAACCCUCAUCUGUGACUUCUGAGGCCAGUGAGUUUUUCACUCACACAGGGAGAGUUUUUGGUUAAAUUCACCUGUUUUAGUUGUUUGUUCUCUCCCAUAUGUUGGUUUAUAGAGAUAUCUAAGACAGCAAAGCUUUACAAGUUUGUACUGCUGAUCAUUUGACAAAAAUUUGAUGUUUUCUAUAGCUGAGGGUGUUCUUAUGUCCUUGUAGUUCAAGUAUUUGGGCAAAUAAAAAAAAAGAUCUUUAA